AUCACUAAACUCUUCACUGUUAACUAAUGCAUUAAAUACAUUUAUGGCAAUGAUCAUUAUUUACUGAAUUAUGACUAAACCAUUGGAUUUCGAUUUCGGUUCUCAAAUCUUACCACAAUACAAAGAGUAUCAGCUGCUUCCGAGUGAAUUAUGUUCACAAGAAUUGAACCAAUUCUAUAACCAGACAUGGCUUAAAAAUAUCACUGAAGAAAUUCACUCAACAAUGGAACAGUUGAAUAGACCAUGUGAAAAAAUCCAGCGUUUUGAAUGGAUGCUUGAACGUGAAUAUUUUGUUGCUAUAACAAUGGGUUUACUGGCAUGUUUCGGGCUAACCGGUAAUCUGCUUAGCUGUAUUGUUAUUAUCACCCAUCUGUUGAAAUUCUCUGGUACAUUUAUCCUGUUUGUCUUUUUAUCUUUGGCUGAUUCUCUCGUAGUGAUUAUGCAGACAAUUGAUGCUUAUCGUAAUUCAGUUGCUGUUGACUUUUAUACACUCAUCUCACUAGAGGAUUUAUCCCAUCCAUCGAAUGUAUGGCGUCGUGAUUGGAAUUGUAAAUUAUUUUUAUACUUUUGGCAUUUAGGCCUUCAACUUUCAGCCUGGUUAGUUAUGGCACUGAGUAUCGACAGAUAUGCAAGUUUGAAACAGUUGAAUAUGCUGAGAAGUAGAAGUACGCUGCAUUAUCGUGCCUGGUUGAUUGGUGGUGGAAUACUCAUCUUCUUGGCCUUUGUUAAUCUACCAUUUCUGAUCUAUGUGAAGUCGGUAAUUUAUGAAAUGCCAUGUGGGCACAGUCAUUUCUGUAUAUUUAUGGAUCCAACAGAAUCGAAAGAUAUAUCGAAUGACAUGGAAUUAACUAUCCCCCAGUCUGGAACAGAUGAAUUAGACGGAUUACACAACCAUUUUAUCAAUGGCACAUCACUCCUAUUCGGUAGUAAUUUGUCUACAGAUUUCAAUCAAACAACCGACUGUAAACAGCUACUGGCAUUUCAUAGUAUCUUCACGGAACCAUUGGAAACAAAACAUGUGAAAACGACAUUUUCAAUUGCCCGCCAUAUCAGUAUCUGGUUAAGUCGUCAACAUUUAAUCAUUUUUGGUUUUAUUCCAUAUACAGUAACAAUUAUAUUCAAUCUCUUAUUGAUUCAUUAUCUGAGAACACUGCCAUGGUUUUAUCCUAAAGAUAAUUUUAGUGCCAAUAAUAAUAUUAUUAGUAAUAAUAAUAAUCACAAAUCACUUGAAAAUAAUUCAAAGCACAAUUCAGGUAUAAUGACGCAUUUAAACAAAUUUGGUGCAGGUGUAAUUGAAAAGUUUAAAGUUAAGAAAAAUAGAGAAAAGUUGAGCAGUCCCCUCCAACCAAUAAUUCCAUGUUCAUGUGUAUUACGCGCGGAGAAUAAUCCAAUAAUCAUUGGUUCUACAAGUUCAUAUCCUCCGAAUAAACGUAAAAAUACACAUAAAAUAUUUAAUAACUUUAAUGAUAAUACACUGACAGCGUAUUAUUCAACAUCUGGACGAUGUAUUGUUCAUUCACAAGUAGUGACACCACACACCUGGGAUGGUACAUUGAACUGUAGUCAACAGAUAAAUUCUAAUGAUUGUCAACUGUCCAGUACACAAGAUGCUAAUUCAGAUAAUUCAAAAUAUUCAUGUUAUGUAUCAACAAUUUCAAAUAAUAAUUCACAAAGUCAAUUAUUUGUUAGUCAUUCUAAUGAUAAUGAUGAAUGUAAACAAACAAAUCAUGCAGGCAAUACUGUUCAACAUUUCAAUGGUGUUCAAUGUUGUUCAAAUUAUAAAUAUGAUGUGAAUAAUUCAUCAAAUACUGAUAGUAGAAAGAAUACAGAUAUUCAUAUAUUACUGCGUAAGCAUAAAUCGAAUUCAUGUGGUAAAGGAUGGUUUGUUGGUCAAACGCGUACAACUGUUCUACUGUUGGCGGUUACAUUUACAUUUAUUGGUCUAACAUUGCCUUAUUUAAUAUACGUGGAGUUAAAGCAAUUCAAUGUCGUCGAUCUUCGUAAAGGCGAAAAUUAUCGUCCAGAGCAUAUGGCUGAAGAAUUAUGCCGUUUUCUAUUCUUUAUUAACAAUGGCCUGACCUUUUUUAUCUAUAUGACUGGACGUCAAUUCCGUAGAGGAUUUUAUCGUCUUAUCCAUCGGAUAAAGUAUUUCUUAACGACACUGUUAUGUCGACAUAGUGAAAAACAAAAUCGAUGGUAUUCUCAUCCACCGUAUCAAAAUCAUACACUGAAAAUAUUGAAACCAGGUAAACACUAUUCUGUACAUCAUCAUCACCAUCAUCAUCAUCAUCAUCAACAACCACAAUCGUACAUUCAUCAUCAUUUUCAUCAUCCGUGUGAAUUCAGAGCAGUACAACAUCCUCCUCCUCUUCACCAGCAUCAUCAGCAUCAGAAAGAAACAUGAAUAUCAACACAAAUAGCGCCCGCCUCUUAACCACAGUAGAAGGUUGGUGACAAAACAUAAUGCUGAAAAUGGUUCCCACUAUAUAACACAAGAGAGAGAGGAUCCCC